AGAUGGGCCUGGUUAUCUCUCAGAGCUCUUUCUACCCUCAGAUGCUUUCGUUCUGAGUGUUCCAUGUCCUCUCAAGAACACCGGUACCUUAAGAAGCUUCUUAUUUGAGGUUUGGGGAAUGUAACAAGAUGGCCAACAUAUGCAUGUAACCGCACUUGUUCAGUAGAAAACCAAAACCUUGAAAGUGGAUACCAAUGUAGCUAGCUUCCAUUUACCAAGCAGAUCCUCUGUGUGGCACACUGUGUUAAGUGCUGUACAGAAAUUAAUUUUACAGCAACCCUGUAAGGUCACUUUACCCUAAGGCUAAGAGAGACUCAUUCAUACAGAACCUCGCAGUGAGUCGAGCCCAGAUGCAAUCGUGAAUUUGACUCCAAAGCCUGUAUUUAUAACUACAGGAGAAUGAGUUUUUAUUGUUUCCGUCUCCAGACCUGUGCUAUCUGUUCCUAAAGACAGACAUAGCAUUGGUUGAGAGAUGGUGUUGGAAGAUACUUAAGAUCUCUUCCAACUUUGAGUAUUGAUGACUAAAUACAUUCUUUUUUUCAUCUGUACCAACCACUCUGGCCCACACUGCCCUAAAGCAGGUGUCAGCAGACUUUCUGUGGAGGCCCAGAUGAUCAGUGUUUUCAGCUGUAUGGCCUGUACUCAACUCUAUCAUUGUAUUCAUAGACAGUUUGUAGGCAGUGAGCAUGGCUGUGUUCCAAUACGAUUUUAUGUACAGAACGAGCAUUUGGAGGGAUCUGGUUUGGCCCGUGGGCUGUAGUUGGCUGAUCCCUGCUCCCGAGCCACUUUCCAUUGUAGGUAUCCUCGUUGGUCUCCUUAGGGCUUUGGUCAUUUGUGCAUGUGUUUGUGUUUGGAAUUCAUAGGCUGUAGGUCAGUUUUCAUUGUAGUGCUCCAUUUUUCUCAUCACGGGAUGCCCCGUAAGAGGCACUCUGGGGAAAUGUGCUCUCCUAUCCUGCUGGUGUGUCCGUACCUAUAAAUUGUCCUGCCCCAAGGACCCAGUGGUUCUUGCAAUUACAGCAGAGACACGCACACGUGCGCUAGGAGCCCUGUUUAGGAUGGUGACCCGCUACAUGUGCCAUCUCCACACCAUGGAGUACGCGAAGCAGUUCAAAAGUAUAUUUUGUAAAUAUACAACCCCCGGGUUGUCAAAAUACAUCGUUUAACAAAAAAGAUUAUAGAUAAAUUUGCACAAUGAUUUUUUUUACAUUAGAAAGGUAUUUUUGUACAUAUUUUUUUAUGGGGUGGGGGUUGCAUGUGAAUGGGUACAGGUCAGGUGGUGGCCGUACCAAACUGAUAAGAACUGUCCGUUCCUGGGGACGUGGGUGGGAAGGAGCCUGGGAUUGGUGCUAGUGACGUUAGCCUAAACAUCAAGUUUCAGUUCCUCACAAGGAGAAUGUGUGUGUGUACCAGUGUAAUUAAAAUUUAAGAGUAACAAGAAAGAUCCGCUUGGCUUCGGUCCCUUUGUAAUCUUCCUGGAGCCAUCAACCGAGGAAAUGCAGUGGGCUCGCCGGGCAGGUCCCCCCACCCCGUGGCCUGCUAGGUUAUUGCUACGGCAUCUAGUCCUGCACCUUCCUUGGGUGAUAAGGACUCAGCCCAGAGAGUGGAGGAGCACAUGAACGGCCCGUGGGAUUACCACCUCGGCUCUGAUGACUCUCGGGCCAGGGGUUUUUCUGUUUGUGCCCUGCUGCCUGUCAGUCGGGUGAUUGCUUUCCUUCCCUUUGGGGUUAUUAUUUGGUCUCAGCCUUGUGUUCCAGUUCAGAAAAACUUAGAUGCCAAGGUCCAGCUUAGACAUGACUCAGGGCAUCAGAGAGGCAGCUGGCAGCCAAGGGGGAGGUUUGGGGGUAAAUAGUUAUAGGAAAAGCUGGGCACAGAUGGGCUGUUUAUUCGUCAUUGAAGGAUUGAUCAGUCCAUGUCCUUGCUAAUGGCUCUGCCAUUUUUCUGUGUGUUAAUCCAGGAGGAAUUUUGUUGUCAGAGAAUAAAAGGAGGUUGUCCAUAAUUGACUUUAAGCAGCAAACAGUAAAACACUGAGCUCUUCAGCUCCGCCUUUCUUGCUCUGAGAAUUGGAAAACCAAGAAGGUUUUGAUGUUUUGUGUGGCGCCACCUGAAUUAGAAACCAAGAUGAACAUAACGAAAGGAGGUCUGGUGUUGUUUUCAGCAAAUUCUAACUCCUCGUGUAUGGAGCUUUCAAAGAAAAUUGCUGAGCGGCUGGGGGUGGAGAUGGGCAAAGUGCAGGUUUACCAGGAACCUAACAGAGAAACAAGAGUACAGAUUCAAGAAUCCGUGAGGGGAAAGGAUGUUUUCAUCAUCCAGACUGUCUCAAAGGAUGUAAACACCACCAUCAUGGAACUCCUGAUUAUGGUGUACGCGUGUAAGACCUCCUGUGCCAAAAGCAUCAUCGGCGUGAUUCCCUACUUUCCUUACAGCAAACAGUGCAAGAUGAGAAAAAGAGGCUCCAUUGUUUCUAAACUGCUGGCUUCGAUGAUGUGCAAAGCGGGUCUAACUCAUCUUAUUACUAUGGAUUUGCACCAGAAAGAAAUUCAAGGCUUCUUCAACAUUCCUGUUGAUAAUUUAAGAGCAUCUCCCUUUUUACUGCAGUAUAUUCAAGAAGAGAUCCCAGACUACAGGAAUGCAGUGAUCGUGGCCAAAUCUCCAGCCUCGGCCAAAAGGGCACAGUCUUUUGCGGAGCGCCUGCGACUGGGAAUUGCGGUGAUCCACGGGGAAGCGCAGGACGCCGAGUCCGACUUGGUGGAUGGACGGCAUUCCCCGCCCAUGGUCAGGAGUGUGGCUGCCAUCCACCCCAGCCUGGAGAUCCCCAUGCUAAUUCCUAAAGAAAAGCCCCCAAUCACAGUUGUUGGCGAUGUGGGAGGAAGGAUCGCCAUCAUUGUGGACGACAUCAUCGAUGACGUUGACAGCUUCCUCGCUGCAGCAGAGACCCUGAAGGAAAGAGGCGCAUACAAGAUCUUUGUGAUGGCGACUCACGGCUUGUUAUCCUCGGAUGCUCCGCGGCUGAUCGAAGAGUCCGCCAUUGACGAGGUGGUGGUUACCAAUACGAUUCCACAUGAAAUCCAGAAGCUCCAGUGCCCCAAAAUUAAAACGGUGGAUAUCAGCAUGAUCCUUUCGGAAGCCAUCCGUCGGAUUCACAAUGGGGAGUCCAUGUCCUACCUUUUCAGAAACAUAGGUUUAGAUGACUGAACAGCUUUCCUUUCUUAAAACUCCCAAGGGCCAGACUGGAAGCGGAACGUACUGUGAGGGCUCACACCUGAUUUGAUGCACUUCACGGGGGCCGAUUAUGCUUUCUUCCUUUCUCUUUGUUAAUUCCUAUGAAGAUAGACCAACUUUUUAUGUCGGGUUAGGUGUUCGUGAGUUUUGGGGGCGAUUUUUAUAAGAGAAAAACUAUAUUCUCCUCCUAAAUAAAUUAACGAUCUGGUUGUUUGUAGUUUAUUUCAAAAAUAGCUUGGAAUACGAUUUUUUUAAGCUCACAGACAGCCUUUUUCCAAAGUUGCUAGAGCCCAAGUGCUUAAACAAGUUAAUGAAAUAAAAUGAUCUACUGUGUGUUACUUGCAGUUGAAAAGCCAAAAAGAUAAUACCAUUAAAUCCAGUAAGUGACAUUUUUAGAAAUGCUUUUAUAGACAAGCAUAUGUGAGUGAUUAUUACGUGACCAUUAUUUAUUUUCUGCAAAAAAAGAGGGAAUAAAAACUUACGUUGUG